AGCCACUACCAGACAAUCAUGUUCAGCUGAGUUGCGUUGCUCGCGGAAGCAGAUAGUGCCCAUCAUGAAUCCCCUUUUCAUGGAUCAUAUUGCUUACUAUGACAACUACUCUCGCGGGUACGUGGUGGAGUACGUGCGAGAGAACAGGACAAGAUGUUCUAGCUGGCUUCUCCUGCCUGCAGAGAACCUUUGGCCAGUAUGGCUGCGAGUCACCCUGUACCUCCUCGCAAUGUUCUAUCUGUUCAUCGGCAUUGCCAUCAUCAGCGAUGUCUUCAUGUGCAGCAUCGAGGUCAUCACCAGCAAGCAGAAGACGAUCAUCAAAUACGACGCGGAGCGCAAGGUCCACGUCAAGAAAGAGGUUCUCGUCUGGAACGAAACUGUCGCCAACCUCUCUCUGAUGGCGCUUGGGAGCAGCGCGCCGGAGAUCCUACUCAACACCGUUGAGACCUUGCAAAACAUCACAGAACUGCCCGAUGGGAGGGACAGCUUAGGGACCUUCACCAUCAUCGGCAGUGCCGCUUUUAAUCUUCUAAUGAUCACGGCUGUUUGUGUCGUCAGUGUUCCCUCGCCGGAAGCCAAGAAAAUUAAAGAAUUUGGAGUGUUUUUGAUAACAACUCUAUGGUCAUUAUUUGCAUAUGUUUGGAUUCUUAUUGUGGUCUUAUGGAGCUCAAAAGGAGUUGUGGACAUCUGGGAAGCAUGGGUUACGUUAGGAUUCUUACCAUUACUUAUUUUAUCGGCUUAUGCCCAAGACUCUGGAUGGUGGUGUAAGAGGACUCCGUCUGUCGGCAACGAUCCUAACUGUGGAAGCCAUUUGGUACGUAUCCAUUUUCUUUUAAUUUAAUUUUAUUUCUCUACUUGUUACAUUUUUCAUCAAAGUCAUUCUCUUUUCAUUGUAUUUAUGAAUGCAUUCUGUUUUAUUGUAAUAUUUUGUUUUCAAGCUAUUUUAUCUUGAGUUAUUUAAGUAUCUUUCCAAUUGAAAAGUUGGUAGCCAUUUUCAUCCUUUUCAAUAGUCUUGACCACUUGGAUCUCCAUACACGUACUGUUGUUUGAUAAUUGUAACAAAAAUGUUUACAAUAAUAAUUCCAUUUAUCCACCCCAAUAUUUAUCAAAGUUUUCAUGAAAGCCUGGACAGUAGGUGGCAAUGUUCUCAUUAUUGGUUUCAGUUAUGCAUGGAUCCAUGGUUCGUAAACCAUAAAGUUGUCUUCAAUAUUAGGUUAAGGUGUGAUGAAAAGAACCUGUUAAGUUCAAGCCAGCAGAUGUCCUGAAAGUUUUGGAGUCAUUCAUCUUCCCAUCAUUCAAGAGCUCGAACCAACUGACAAGUAAACACUGCCAAAGUAAACAAUUAAAACAAAUAGAAGAAUGACAAGAACAAAACAGCCUCAUCUUCUUACAAAAAAUGAAAUGUCGAGAUCACGGAAAAAUGCCUCUGCAAGAUGUUGACGCAGCCUCCAACCAUCCUAGACAAAUAAUUUGACAUAGAUCCUUGAAAACACAACAUACCCAUUACAGAAAAUCUGGAGAGUAAAUCCACAAGUUGUUGAGAGAUAUGUUGAACUUGAAGAUUUGAAGACCACAGGGUACAUGUAUAGCAUACAGACAUACU